AUGGAGCGGCCGGCGCCCGGCGAGGCGCGCAUGAGCCGGGCGGUGCAGCCGGGGCACGCCACCGCCCGCGGCGAGCUGAGCGCCGGGCAGCUGCUGCGCUGGAUCGACGCCACCGCCUGCCUGGCGGCUGAGAAACAUGCUGGGGUUUCCUGUGUUACAGCCUCAGUGGAUGACAUACAAUUUGAGGAGACAGCUAGAGUUGGACAAGUUAUAACCAUCAAAGCGAAAGUUACUAGAGCGUUCAGCACAAGCAUGGAGAUCAGCAUCAAGGUUGUGGUACAGGACAUGUUCACCGGCGUUGAGAAACUUGUGAGCGUGGCUUUCUCUACAUUUGUAGCCAAACCAGUUGGAAAAGAAAAGAUUCAUUUAAAACCAGUCACACUUCUAACUCAACAGGAUCAUGUGGAACAUAAUCUGGCCUCUGAGAGAAGGAAAGUUCGGUUACAACAUGAAGAUACCUUUAAAAACUUGAUGAAGGAAAGCAGCCAGUUAGAUGAUCCCACUUGUGGUGAAGAGGAAGGAACGGUCUCCACGAAGGGCACCUCUGUUCAGAGCAUUGAGCUUGUCCUCCCACCCCAUGCAAACCAUCAAGGAAAUACAUUUGGUGGCCAGAUUAUGGCUUGGAUGGAGACCGUGGCUACUAUUUCUGCAAGCCGCCUCUGUCGAGCACAUCCCCUUCUGAAGUCCGUGGACAUGUUUAAGUUCCGGGGACCAUCUACGGUUGGAGAUCGUCUUGUCUUCAAUGCCGUUGUCAACAAUACGUUUCAGACCCGCCUCGAAGUGGGAGUGCGCGUGGAGGCCUUUGACUGCCAGGAGUGGUCUGAGGGCCGGGGCCGCCACAUCAACAGUGCUUUUCUCAUCUACAAUGCUGUCGAUGAUAAGGGAGAACUGGUCACAUUUCCCAGAAUCAAACCCAUGUCAAAGGAUGAUUUUAGACGAUAUCAUGGAGCUAUUGCACGCAAGAGAAUUCGCCUAGGCAGAAAAUAUGUUAUUUCCCACAAAGAAGAGGUUCCACUUUGUGUACACUGGGAUAUUAGCAAGCAGGUAUCCCUGAGUAAUGACAAUGUGGAGGCUCUCAAAAACUUGGCAGCCAGAAGUGGUUGGGAGGUGACCAGUGCUGCAGAAAAGAUAAAAAUGUAUACUCUGGAAGAGCGUGAUGUUUUAUCUGUUUGGGUUGAAAAGCAUGUGGACAGACCAGCCCACUUGGUUUACCAUCUCUUGUCUGACUUUACCAAGAGACCUUUGUGGGACCCUCAUUACCUGUCCUGUGAGGUCAUAGACUGCGUGAGUGAAGACGAUCGAAUAUAUUAUAUCACCUGUCCUAUGGUGAAUGGUGAUAAACCCAAAGACUUCAUAGUAUUUGUAUCACGAAGAAGGCCUCUCCAAGAAGGUGAGACAUACACGGUGGCAAUGAAGUCGGUUAUUCUGCCGUCAGUCCCCCUUUCUCCACAGUACGUGAGAGGUGAAAUCAGAUGUGCUGGAUUUCUCAUCCAUGCUAUUGACAGCAGUUCCUGCACCGUAUCUUACUUUAACCAGAUUUCUGCUAGCAUCUCUUCUUACUUUGCUGGAAAUCUUGGUGGCUGGUCAAAAUCCAUUGAAGAGACAGCAGCCUCCUGUAUACAAUUCAUAGAGAAUGCUACUGAUGAUGGGUUGAUACGCGGAUUUUAAAUGGUAAACUUUCAAUUACCUGCCAUUUGAUUUCUCACUUUCAAUUCCAAGCACCCUUAGCCCUGACACGUGGCAAGCUUUUGGGCCACAAAAUAAUUCAAUCAGUCUAAGCAAAAUGCAGUUACAAAAUGGUUAAAAAACAAAAUGCAUCCCAAGUCAAAUAC